AUGGGGUUCUCAUAUAAAAUUUUUGCUCUUACGCUCGCGGCUGGAGCCCUAGCCCAAUCUUCCUUGCGUAUUCAGGUGACGAAGAGCCAGACGCAUGCCAUCCCUUCCACUUUGUAUGGCUGGAUGUGGGAGGAUAUCAAUCAUAGUGGAGAUGGUGGAUUGUAUGCUGAGCUCCUUCAAAACCGUGCCUUCCAGGUCGUAACUCCUCAUGCCUCUGGAGCAUUAUACUCCUGGAGCGCCUACAAAGGGACGACUCUCAAUGUGACAAACAGUAUUCCUGGAGUUUCUACAGCUCUCCCCAACUCGUUACAAGCUACUGUCCAAGCCGGCUCGACUGGACAAGUUGGGUUUGAUAAUUCGGGAUAUUGGGGAAUCAAAAUUCAGUCAGGAUGGAAAUAUACGGGGUCAUUUUACGCCAGAUCGGAUAGCUACACUGGGUCUGUUACUGUCUCCUUGGUUUCUUCAUCCGGAACCGUCUACGCCACCAAAACACUUUCGGGGGUGAAUAACUCAUGGAAGAAAUUCACCUUUAAUUUUACUCCGACCAAGUCCGCCCCCGACGUCAAGAAUGUUUUCCGUGUCACUGUAGAUGGUGCAAGUGCAUCUGGGAAAUCCGUCUACUUCGGAAUGUUCUCCCUGUUCCCUCCUACAUACAAAGGGCGCCAGAACGGAAUGCGUAUCGACCUUGCCGAGUCGCUAGCUGGCACGAAGCCUGGAGUAUGGCGAUUCCCUGGUGGAAAUAAUUUAGAAGGUCAGGUCAUUGCAAGUCGUUGGAAAUGGAACGAGACUAUUGGGCCGCUCGAGAAUCGCCCUGGACGCCAAGGAGACUGGGGGUAUGCUAAUACGGACGGACUGGGCCUGCUUGAAUACCUGAACUGGGCUGAGGACAUUGGCGCAGAACCUAUUCUUGGGAUUUGGGCUGGCUAUUCACUGACUGGCGAAACUGUUCCGGAAUCCCAAUUGCAACCUUACAUCCAAGACGCCAUCAAUGAAAUCCAAUUCGUUACUGGAGAUGCCAAGACAAAUCAGUGGGCCAAACUUCGUGCACAGUAUGGCCGUACCGCCCCAUACAAGGUCAAGUACAUCGAGAUUGGAAACGAGGAUUUCUUUGCAUCUAAUUCCUACGCCCAAUACCGAUGGAAGGCUUUCGUCAAUGGCCUCAAAGCUGCAUUCCCCAACAGCGGAUUUGAGUAUAUCGCAACCACCUAUCCAAGCACGGCUCUCGACCCUGCAUACACCUUUAUCGAUUGGCAUCAAUAUAACAUCCCGCAGUGGUUUAUUGACCGAGCGCUUGAAUAUGACACUUACCCUCGUAAUGGUACACAAAUUUUUGUCGGAGAGUACGCCGUGACUUCGACUAACGCAUCGUGCAUCUUUGGCACCCCUGCAUGUGGGCGUUUGGAGCUCCCGACUCUCCAGGGUGCUGUUGCAGAAGCUGCCUAUAUGACUGGUUUUGAACGGAAUUCGGAUGUCGUCUUUGCUUCCGCCUACGCUCCCACCUUGCAAAACGUGAAUGGCUAUCAGUGGACUCCCGAUAUUGUCAGCUUCGAUGCUGGAUCGAUUGUCAAAUCUGCAUCCUAUUAUGUCCAACAAAUGUUUGGCACCAAUCUUGGUACACACGUUCUCAAGACUGCGCCCGCUCCAAGUGCCAGUGUUCCCUUGCAUUGGGUUGCGAGCCACGACACAAAGAAAAAAGUGGUAUACCUGAAGGCUUCCAAUACCGGCAAAGCUCAAUUCACUGCUUCAUUCGCUCUUGAUUUCCCAAUCACUGGCCAAUCCACCGUCACCUUGCUCAGUGCACCCAUCGCCAAUACAUCCAACACCCUGGCCAAUACUGAUGCUGUCGUGCCUAAAACUACCAAGCUCAACAUAGCGUCCGGUGCAACCACACUGAACUAUACCUUCCCUGCCCAGAGUGUUGCCGUGUUCAACCUCAAGGUAGGAUGGUGA